AUGGGCACAAACAUGAUACAGACGACCGCCCACUUCCUCGAACGCAACCAGCUGUACAAGACGGAGAAACCAUACUCCCUUCGUUUUUCUCCCCCAGAAGGGUUUCCGCGCCAGAGUACUAAACUCGAGGAGCACGAGAUCGAUGUUCAAGAUGUACGGACAGCAGGACCACUAUCGUACGCGACAGAAGGAUGCACUGUACUUGACUUUCAGUCGUUGAUGGAGUAUGACGAUUAUUACGACGAGGAGAAAGUCAAGGAUGUCUACUUGAGAGAAGUCGCCAACCUUUUGAGGGACUAUUUCGGUGCCAGCAAAGUGCAGAUAUUCGAGCAUCGGGUGCGGAAGAGGCACGUAAAAUUCCCUCUUGCGACGGGGGAGUCGUAUCAGUAUGAUCAACCUACCUCGGUCACUCACGUGGAUACAACACUCGAAUGGGUAUUGUCGAUGGUCAGCCGACUCAACCCGGAACGGUCAGAGGAAAUGCUCAAGCAUCGAGUGCAGUGCGUGAAUGUAUGGAAGCCGAUCAAGGGACCAGUGAAAGACUGGCCUCUUGCCCUAUGCUCUGCGGGGAGCAUCAAUCCCACUGAAGACCUGGAGCCAUGCGAUCUAGUCUACGCUGAUUACGUCGUCGAAAACAUGCAAAUAUAUCAUACGGACAAGCAGAAAUGGUUCUAUCUCAGCGAUCAGAUGCCGAACGAGGCUUGGAUCUUCCUGCAAGCGGACACACAGCCUGGAGCCGUACCUGGUGAACCGCCGACAGAAAUAGUACCGCAUGUUGCCAUCCCCAUUCCUGAGGUCAUCCUUGGAGAGUAUCCGCCUCGUGAGAGCAUUGAAUUGCGAGCACUGUUGUUCUAUGAAACAUCUCAAUGA